AUGCCUGGAGGUGAGCGAUUUUUAUCGGUCAAUGGUAUGCAAGCCGGGUUGUGGAGAUCACGCGCUUGUUCCUCUCAUGGCCUCUUUGGUGUCGCCUUCAAUGCCGAAGGCACUGGCCCUGGUGUCCCCUACAAACGAACCGAAUCCAGUUUCGCCCCAGAGCUUACAUGGAUGUUUAAUGAUAUUGAAGUUGACCUGAUAGGUAAAUUUGGUCUCGGCGGAGGUGCAAAUGGGGAUGAGAUCGACUCAUACGAUAUCGCCUCCGGCAGUCCUGCAGAUGCCGUCGUGGUUGCCACGAGCAUUGGCUACCCGGAUACUUUUAGUACACAGACUGAUGAGAUUCGAUCUUUUAUCGUGUAUUACAAGACGGACGCUGGAGGUGCCGUGUUUUCUGUGGGAAGCAUCAACUGGUUCUGCUCGCUUGGGUAUGACGACUACCAGAAUAAUAUUGCACAACCUACAGAAGAGGUGAUGGGGAAAAGUGAGGUUUGA